GGCAUUUCUUGGAUUUCUGGUUAGACUAAGGUAUUUAUAGUGUACAGUACAGUAUCAUCCACUAGAUAUCUAUAUAAUUAUAAUAGCUGCAAGCUCAUGCAGUCAGUAUAACUGAACUGUUGCUUUCAACAUCAUAAAAAGAAAGGCAAAAGAAGAAUGAAGAAUCAAACUUUGCUAAUGUGUCUGCUUGCUUUAACAACUACAUAUGUAGUGGAGUGCUUACCAAUUGAAACUGAAGAUGUGAGAGAAAGUAAUGAAAUGGCUGAAGAAAGGACAAUUGUUUAUGACCCAACUGUAGACACUGAUUUCACAAUAAAAGUUGGAGAUAUAACUUACUUCACAAAGAACUACCGAGAGCUAUUGAAUGAGAAGCUGAGUUACAAAGAGUCCUCGCAGGGAAAACAAAAGAGAGCCGUUGUCAAGCCCAAGAGUUGGCAAUGGCCCAACUGUGUCAUUCCUUACAUUAUAGAUAAGUUCUAUUCUGAGAAACAACAGCGUGUCGUAACCGAGGCAUUGGCACAUUGGGAGGAGCACACCUGCGUACGGUUUGAGAAUAGGACAACUGAAGAUAAUUACAUCUUCAUCUAUCCUGGUCCAGGGUGUGGAUCAUAUGUUGGCAGAACAUCCAAUCAACAGAGGGUUUCGAUUGGCCCGUCUUGCUUCUCAUUUAGUAGUGCAGUGCAUGAGCUUGGACAUGUUAUCGGAUUCUACCACGAACACAACAGGCCUGACAGAGACGAGUACAUUGAUAUAAUCGAGAAUAAUCUUAAACCGGGGAGGAGUGUACUCUCACAGUUCACAAAACUCAGUCAUGAUGAAGUGGAUUUACUUGGAGUUGGAUACGACUACAACAGUAUUAUGCAUUACGAUAAAAACUCUUUUGCACACAGUUCUCAUCUGGAUACGAUAGUUGCACUUGAUCCAAGUAUACCAGUUGGAGAAGCCCAUACUUUGAGUUCUCUGGAUAUCCUUAGAGCCAACCUCUUCUGUAAAUGCUCAAAUUCUACUGAAGACCACCCCCCAAGAAUGACCUUUGUGCCAGAUGAGAUAGUGUCCGAGCCAACCCUUCCACCUCACGAGUUUGCAUGUGGCAGUGUCUUCGAUGGUGUCUCGAGUGGCUCCUUCAGCUCACCAGACUAUGGCGUCUACUCACACGAUACUGACUGCGAGUGGACAAUCAGAGUUGAAGAGGGGUAUCGAAUAAGGUUCACAGUAGAACUGGAUAUGGACUACAACCAAGGCUGUGUAAAUGACUACUUACAUAUUCACGAGAACUUUAACCGAAAUGGAUACGGUAUCGGAAAGUAUUGUCAAUCAUCGGAUCGAAUUAUCAACACCUAUACGACUACCAAUAUUGCAUACAUUCGAUUCCACACUGAUAGCUCAAAUCAGAGGGCUGGCUUGAAAGGAUUUAAUUUAACGUUUGAGUCUGAAGAUUUCGAUGAGUGUGCGUAUGGUGCAUACUGUUCUCACAACUGUACAAACUUUCCUGGAUCAUACGAAUGUCACUGCCCUAAAGGAUUCUUCUUAUCCAGUGACCACAAGCAAUGUUUUGAUGUGAAUGAAUGUGCCCUGGACAAAGGGGGCUGUGAUCAUAAGUGUAUAAAUAAAGGCGGCUCUUUCCACUGUGUGUGUGAGGAUGGCUACAGGCUACUCUCUGAUGGGAAAACAUGUGUUGUAGAUGCUGAUGGAACCAUGGACCCUUGUUUGAUUACUAAAUGCGAGCAUUCCUGUGUGGUUGUCCCUGGUGACGUUCUUACGGCCAGAUGUUUAUGCCCUAAGGGGUACGACCUCUCAUCAGACAGGGUGUCUUGUGAUGAGGAGAACGAGUGCCUCGCAAGAAAUGGAGGCUGUCAACAUUUCUGCACAAAUAUUCCAGGGUCGUACGAAUGCAGCUGUAUCAAGGGGUACAAAUUAGCAGAUAAUGGAUUUGCUUGUGAAGAUGCUGAUGAUACCGUUGACCCUUGUUUGAUUGCCAAUUGUGAGCAUUCCUGUGAGGUUGUCCCUGGUGACGUUGAUACGGCGAGAUGUUUAUGCCCUAAGGGGUACGACCUCUCAUCUAACAGGGUGUCUUGUGAUGAGAUGAAUGAGUGCCUCACAAGAAAUGGAGGCUGUCAAGAUUUGUGCACAAACGUUCCAGGGUCGUACGAAUGCAGCUGUUCCAAGGGAUACAAAUUGGCAGAUAAUGGACUUACUUGUGAAGAUGAUACCGUGGACCCUUGUUUGAUUGCCAAUUGUGAGCAUUCCUGUGAGGUUGUCCCUGGUGACGUUGAUACGGCGAGAUGUUUAUGCCCUAAGGGGUACGACCUCUCAUCUAACAGGGUGUCUUGUGAUGAGGUGAAUGAGUGCCUCACAAGAAAUGGAGGCUGUCAAGAUUUGUGCACAAACGUUCCAGGGUCGUACGAAUGCAACUGUUCCAAGGGAUACAAAUUGGCAGAUAAUGGACUUACUUGCGAAGAUAUCGAUGAGUGUGCAGACAACAACGGUGGAUGUUCUGGUCACUGUACAGAUUCUGACGGAUCAUAUCAAUGCUUACCAACUACAGUAGCCACAACAUCACCAGAUCCAACCACUUCCCCGCCCACCACCAGGCCAACUACAGUAGCCACGGUAACACCAGGUCCAACUAUUAGACCUACCACUCGUCCUACCACGACUACACCUCCAACCACCCUCGCCCCCACUACGCUACCACCACCCACUCCGAAUUGCCCUGUUUUACCAUCCAACCCUCCGGGAAAGUUUGCUUGUGGUGGAUUCAUGAACGUUAAUGACAUGUUCGGACCAACUAAUUUGCCCUUAGGCCCUAUCCUCCCUGGCACCAUAAAUCCUGAAUGCAAUUGGAUAAUUUUCGGUGCUGGAACAUUCAAAGUCAUGUUCACUUAUUUCGAUAUUCCCAGCAGUGAGCAAUGUUCGUCCAAUUCUGUUUCGGUGUAUGAUGGAUUUGGAACUAGUGCUCCAUUGAUUGAGAAGAUGUGUGGGGAGAAGUGUGGCGAGUACACAGUCACAGGGACAGGAAGUAUCUUGACCGUGACUUUACGGGUGUCUUCCCCAGGAUCGUUUAGAGGAUUCUAUGCACAAUUUAAACAAAUUUAACUGAUUUAAAAAUAAUUGAUCUUCACAUUGUAUUUUAAUCCAUAAUCUUUUACUGUGAAUUGAAACAUUUUCGAAUUCGUUAUACUGCUGUAUAAUUACAUGUACAUAUACUUGUCUAAUUAAAUGUGCCAACAAU